ACAAAAAGAGGGUCGAAUUGAAUUUUUGUCUUGAAUCAAAAAUUCGGAAAAAAAUUAUGUCGCAAUUUAAACAAACAGUGAAUAAGGCCUUAAAACCCUACACAAGACCUCUGGCGGAAGUAGAUCAUCAAAAUUCGGUCGAUUUGAUGCUGCAACUGCUGGAAUUCUACAUCACGAACGGUUUUUGCUCGGAAGACAAGAUAGACAAAGCAAUAACUCUCGCCCCGGACUCACAGGAAUAUUUUCAUGAGGCUCUUGCAGGUCUUGUGUUACUCUGUAAGCUUUAUCUUCGUUCACCGAAGGGAUUUGUUAAACUACCCGAACUGCAGGAAGUGGUUAAAGACACAAAACUGAAACCAGAAUUCAUCGACAUUGUAGUGCAAAAAUUCAUUGAAUUAAAGGAAAACUCGAACGUCUCAAGCAUCGAGAGACCCAUUAGACUGACGGCGCCUAAAAAAUUCACCUACCGGAUCAACAUUACCAAUUUAAUAAAACAAAAAAGCAUCAACCAAUGCACAAUUGUACUCCAAAUAACUCUUGAAAACGGAAAAGUCGAGACUUUUGUGAUGUCAAUCGCAAUGUUCCAUAAGUUACGAUUCCAAGUUGCCUCUGCCUUGAAGGCGAUACACAAUUUAGAGGGACGUGCCUCGAUGAAAAUUUGA